AUGCUGCCCCGCUGUGCGUUCAGUGUGUGUCAUGUGUUUGUGUUGGUGCUGUGUUUGUCUUCGGCUGAGGACUUCGACUGGACAAAGAACGACCACAGCUCCUUCUAUUAUGGCACUUUUCCAGCUGGAUUUUCGUGGGGUGCCGGCAGUUCAGCCUAUCAAACAGAAGGAGCCUGGGACAAGGAUGGAAAAGGACUGAGUAUCUGGGACGUGUUCAGUCAUAAGAAAGGCAAAAUCCAACGAAAUGAGACAGGGGAUUCCUCUUGUGAAGGCUACCACAAAGUCAAGGAUGAUGUUUCUUUGAUGAAGGAGCUGAAGCUUAACCACUAUCGCUUCUCCAUAUCCUGGCCUAGACUCAUCCCUACUGGCAUUAAGUCUGACCACAUCAAUGAAAAAGGCAUACAAUACUAUGAUGAACUGAUUAACCACCUGCUAGAGAACCAGAUCACUCCUAUUGUUACUCUGUAUCACUGGGAUCUUCCACAGGUUUUACAAGAGAAAUAUGGUGGAUGGCAGAAUAUAAGCAUGGUCAAUCAUUUCAAUGAAUAUGCUAACCUGUGCUUUGAGAGAUUUGGCAACCGAGUCAAGUACUGGAUCACUUUCAACAAUCCAUGGUCUGUAGCGGUUGAAGGUUAUGAGACAGGUGAGCAUGCUCCUGGACUAAAGCUGAGAGGAACAGGGGCGUACAGAGCGGCCCAUCACAUAAUCAAGGCACAUGCUAAAGUUUGGCACAGUUAUGAUACACAGUGGAGGGGAAAACAAAAAGGUUUGGUUGGCAUCUCUCUGUCUGGUGAUUGGGGAGAACCGGUGGAUAUCAGCAACCAGAAAGACAUUGAAGCAGCAGAGAGAUAUGUCCAGUUCUAUCUGGGCUGGUUUGCCACACCCGUCUUUCAUGGAGACUACCCACAAGUGAUGAAAGACUUCAUUGGAAGGAAGAGUGUCCAACAGGGCCUUGGGACAUCUCGCCUGCCAUCAUUUUCCCCCCAAGAGAAGAGCUACAUCAAAGGGACCUGUGACUUCCUCGGCAUCGGUCAUUUCACCACCCGCUACAUCACCCAAAAGAACAACCCAUCAGGUCGUAGCAGCAGCAGCAACUACUUCACUGACCGUGACCUGGCUGAGCUGGUUGAUCCACGAUGGCCUGACCCGGGGUCUGAGUGGCUUUACUCUGUGCCCUGGGGUUUCAGACGUCUGCUCAAUUUUGUCAAGACUCAGUACGGAAACCCAAUGGUUUAUGUGACUGAGAAUGGAGUCUCUGAGAAGAUGUUGUGCACAGAGCUGUGUGAUGACUGGAGGAUACAGUAUUAUAAAGACUACAUCAAUGAGAUGCUGAAAGCCAUCAAGGAUGGAGUCAACGUGAAGGGCUACACUGCAUGGUCCCUGCUAGAUAAGUUUGAGUGGGAUGAAGGCUACUCCGAGAGAUUUGGCUUGUACUAUGUGGAUUUCAGGAACAAAAACAAGCCUCGCUAUCCCAAAGCUUCUGUUCAGUUUUACAAACGCAUCAUCAGCGCCAAUGGAUUUCCCAGUCAGAGAGAAGUUGAGAACUGGAGAAGGAAGGCUGUUGAGACUUGUUCUUCUAGCAACCAGCUCCUAGCGGCAGAGGAACAGCGGAGUACUGCUGCCAAUAUUCUAAGACUUAUACAUGACCCUUUGACCAGCCACAUGGAGAUGGUAACUGAGAUUGUUGUUCCCACUGUGUGCACACUCUCUAUUUUGCUCAGCGCCAUCUUCCUUAUGUUCCUGCUGCGGAGGCGGAACUAG